GGGAGGAGGAGAGGCAGGAGGAGAGGGAGGAGGAGAGGCAGGAGGAGAGGGAGGAGGAGAGGCAGGAGGGUAUAUAACCUCCUGAAUGUGUCCUGAGAUUAUAAUCCAACAUGUCUUCCUGCAUCACGCUCCUCUGCGCUCUGCUGCUGCUGCUGGGGCUUUCUGUGGAGGCUUCCUCUGGAGGGGGCGGCACGACCUCCCACAGCUACGACCUCUCGGGGUCAGAGCUCCGGCGCAUCUACAACUCCCCGGUGUUCAUGGCGGAGCGUCUGAAGAGGCCCCUGGACGGACAGUCUGUGCGGAUCGGGCCCCUCAGCCACUCUGGAGUCAGAGUGACGCUGGCGGAUGGCUCCCAGUGGCUCGUCCAUAAGGGAGGAAACUACGGCGUCUCCUCCAACACCGUGGUGGUCGCCGCCCGGCACAUGAGCCCCGCCUGGCAGGUCGUUCGGACGCUGGAUUUCCGGGGGACGAAGAAAGUCGCUGACUUCGUGGCGGUUGGCGGCACCGACUACAGCCUCUUCUUCGAUAACUGUCACCUGGCAUCUCGGAGGAUGAUGGGACAGUAAUAAAGAGAUCCAUAAUUUGUCACCCUG